CACCGCCAGACACGUAGCGGCGAUGGGUGUCGCGUGUGACAGAGCAUCUCUCAGGUGCCGCCAGGUCGAUCAACACUGCUCGGUGUUAUCACAGUGAACGCGUGCAUUUAAAAAAAAUAAAGUGUGAAAGAAUAUAUCUCCGAUCCUGGAUGAUUCUGACUUAUGGUUGGAUUUCACGUGCAGUACACAAACUCGCUCACAAUAACAUUUGCACUUCGUGUACGUGGACAUAAUUGCAGAUAUGUUAUUAUUAUGAUAUCUGACUCUUGGAGAAUUGAGUUAUGGUCGCGCUGGAAGCAUAAAGUGUGUGUACAUGUAGGUCAUCAGCUGACCGAGGGGCGGGUACGUUCAUUGUGCGUCUUAAACGCGCGCUUUUUACGCACAGACAAGCGCACUACACCUCUAUGAGAAGCAGGCUAGAUGCUAAGUUAGCUGCAGCGUUGGCCUCACAGACUACAGUCCGCUGAAAGACACACGCCAUCGUUUGCGGAUUCUCGGCUUAACCCGGCGGUCCACACAUCCACAGGGUGCGAGGUCUUUCACACACAAGAGCAGCGCCGCGAUACUGCGACUGUUUGUGGUAAAUACCUUUGGCCUGCACCAGCCUAGUGUUCAACAACAACAACAAACCUCGCAAUGGGCAAAAAGUCUCGCGAAGAGGACUCCUCAUCCUCGGAUGAGGAAGAAUAUGUUGUGGAGAAGGUGCUGGACAGGAGGGUGGUCAAGGGCAGAGUUGAGUUCUUCUUGAAGUGGAAAGGAUACUCAGAGAAGCACAACACGUGGGAGCCAGAGAAGAAUCUAGAUUGCCCGGAGCUUAUUUCAGAAUUCAUGAAGACCUACAAGAAAAGCAGCAGCAGCGGCGGCGGAAGCUCCACACCAAGCAGCGGGGCCAGCAAAUCAAGCAUGGGCUCCUUGGGACGGACCAAAGACUCCAGCAGCUCGAAAAAGAGAAGCUCAGAUGACGACGAGGAAGGUGGAAGUAAAGCCAAAAAGAAAAAGGAGGAAGACAUUCUAGUUGCUCGUGGCUUUGAAAGAGGACUUGAGCCUGAGAAGAUCAUUGGAGCAACUGACUCCUGUGGGGACCUAAUGUUUCUUAUGAAGUGGAAAGACUCUGAUGAGGCUGAUCUUGUGCUCGCCAAGGAGGCCAAUCAAAAGUGCCCACAGAUCGUCAUAGCCUUCUAUGAGGAGCGUCUCACCUGGCAUGAAGACAGUGACAAGAAGGAGAAGGACGCUGUCAGUGCGUGAGGGUACCCCCUUAGGAGGAAAGGGGACCUCCUCCACGGCAGGGACAAGCUUGAUUCAGACAUUUUUCACAACCAAACCUCCCACCCUUCCUCUUUACCAUGUCCAACAACAGAGCACAAGGGGCCCAGACUGCUGAGAAGAAUCCAUCAGACAGGAGAAGAAGCUGAAAGGAUGGAUGAUAUGCUACUGGGGAGGGUUUUUGCUGUUCUGUCUUUGUAUUCUUAACCCUCUUUUUUUAAUGUCUUAUCACAUUUUUAGUGCUUACAGGAUAAGUCAGAAAGAUAUUUUGCAUCCACGUGUGCAGGUGGUCAUCUGUUCAAAAUCAGAAUAUCAUUUUGGAACCAGGGUUAGGACAAGCUGCGUAAGCUAUGAGCUUGUCCUGAGGUGGGUACACAAACCCCAUCCUAAUGUAAGCAGUGCAGUGUUUUCUUUUAAAGAACCCAAUGUUAAUGAGAACCUAGAAUUUGAUAUUCAGGAAGCCACCACAGCAGCAUUUUCCUCACUGCAUAAUCACUUCCUUUUUUAGAACUUUUUAUCUCUUGUAGAUUUCUCAGUUUGUCCUGUCUGCUGGGAAAUAACAAUACGGUUUGCAAACUUACUGAGGACGCCGGCCAAUUCAUAUCUUUAUAAUGUAGUGAUGAUACCCUCGUUAAACCUUUUUUAAAAUGUAAUUUUUUUUUUUAUCUCUUGUGAUUUCCAAGUUUUAACAUGUGAACGUUGUGUUGUUUUUUAAUUUCUUUAUGCUACCACCAUUUAAAGGAAAGGACAAUAAAAUGAUUUUACUGAGUUUUGUACUAUUUUAUUUUAUUUUAUUUUUUAACCCCUGUUUUUAACAGAAGUGUUAUAUUUGAACCAGUCUCAUUUACACAGGUUAGACAAUCUUCACUUUCUCUCAAUUGAACUAAACCAGCGUUAACACCAGCCAUUGAGCUCUGCCACCUUGUGGCUAAAGGAUGAUGUUUUGGACUGUGAGACCAAUCUAUGCUGAAAACCCUGUAGUUAGUCUCCCAUUGAUAGAUGUACAUUUUGAACAGUGUAAAAUAUGACAUGAAUUGGAGUGCCCUUAAAUAAUUUGGUCAUGAUUAUUUCAAGCAUUAAAACCAGUCCCUGGUUGGGUUAUUCAUAUCCUGGAUUUAGUUGUGACAAGUAACUUGGUUAUGCUUCAUAUUUUUCUGUGACAAUGUUGGCAAAUUGAGCUAGAACUUAUACACAAGCUGGAUAUUGAUUUUUUUUUUUCCCAAUGUAGAUCUGUUUUCCAACUUGAACUCUGAGGACCAAGAUUUAGUUUCUACAGGUGACAUUUGCUGUUGUUUUUUUUCAAAGCUAUAUUAGACAGUGACUGGAGGUUGUGACCUUCUCCCGUUCACAUACAGAAGUUAAAUCACUUGAGUUUAUGUUUCUAUUGUUAUUUCCCUUUAUUAAAAAUGAUUUUGUCCUUUUA